GUCGACUUCCUACUUGCUGCAAAAGCGCAAAGGCGCAAAGGCGCAGCUCCGCGCAACCGGCGCCCCUUCUCUCCUGCAGGCUUCCUUUAAGCGCUGCGCGGCUGCAGGUCGCGGGUCUUCCCUUCCGACGCCAUCCCGACACGCUUCUCCUUCCCCUCUGGCUUGCAGAGCCGGUUUGCAAGCUCCGAAGGAAGCGCGCUUUUGCUGCAAAGCGCCGCCGCGCUCCUUGGAGAGGAGGAGGAGGACGCGUUUCCCAGGACGCAGGCGGAGAGCGUCGCGCUCUUCAUCCGGCGGUAUUUCGGUUUAUUGAUGUCUUCUGCUUUAAAUACUCCUGCUACUAAGACUUUCUCUGCAGUUCUCUCCCCUGUGGUUUUAUGGCAACUGAUUUGCGUUGUAAGAAUGAGCAUGGUAUGGAUUGCUUCUGCAUUUAUUGGCGCUGGUGAUUUAUUUUUUGCUUCAUAUGAAUAAUUGUUAUCUCUCUCACUGUGCAUCAGGUGUUUUUUGUAGCACUAUGGGCACAAUUUUUCAUCGUUUGCAGCCUGAUCCUAUCACGUGCUUACUCACAAGUAUUUCUUUUGUCUUGUUAUUAUUGUGUUUUCAAGCUGCUAUUAAACCACCCUGGAAUGGGUAAGAAAUCUGAUAGGUGAAUAAUAUUUGUUUGUUUGUUCACAGCAGUGCUAGAAAUUCCCCAGGUGUGUUUUGCGACAGGUGCAUCUCCAUCUCGCUGGCCUCUCCAGCUUUCUUAAGCAGGUAAGCAGAAGAUCUUAUUUAUUGCAUUUAUAUCCCACCUUUUCCUCCUAAGAGUCCAUGGUUCAACCCCGUCCUCAGCUAAUCUCUACAUUACAGCAACCCUGUAAGGGAAGAUUAUAGGUAAAGGGACCCCUGACCAUUAGGUCCAGUGGCGGACGACUCUGGGGUUGCGGCGCUCAUCUCACUUUACUUACAGCUUCUGGGUCAUGUGGCCAGCAUGACUAAGCCGCUUCUGGCAAACCAGAGCAGCGCACAGAAACACCGUUUACCUUCCCACCGGAGUGGUACCUAUUUAUCUAUUUGCACUUUGAUGUGCUUUUGAACUGCUAGGUUGGCAGGAGCAGGGACUGAGCAACGGGAGCUCACCCCGUCGCGGGGAUUCGAACCGCCGGCCUUCUGAUCGACAAACCCCAGGCUCUGUGGUGUAACAGCGCCACCAGCGUCCCAUAAGGAAAGAUUAAGAGGCUGCUAUUGACUCCAAGGUCACCCAGGGAGCUUUAGGACUGAGUGGGGAUUUGAACCCUGAUCUCCCAGGUCCUAUUCCCAACACUCUUAACUACUUCACCACACUGGCUCCCUAGAGCAGGCACAGGCAAACUUGGCCCUCCAGAUGUUUGGGGACUACAAUUCCCAUCAUCCCUGACCACUGGUCCUGUUAGCUAGGGAUCAUGGGAGUUGUAGUCCCAAAACAUCUGGAGGGCCGAGUUUGCCUAUGCCUGCCCUACAGUCCUUCUGCUGUGGGGCAGCUCUAGAAAUUAAGUAGGUAAAUAAAUAUGGGGAAAGCCAUCCUUUGGACUUGGAGCCCAAUCGCCAGCAAGGCUGGCCAUCACAUGCUUGAUGUACUAAAUUCAAUCUCCAUUUCUGUUUUUUAAAAACCGGAUGGGAUAUUGAGGGAUGUCAAAGACCCCUCUGCCUGGAGAGCCAGAAAUAGACCAUUUUGUGCUAGAGUGUCCAGGGGGUCUGAUUUGGUGCAGGAGGCUUUUGCUGUUGGCAUACGAAAAGGAGCGGUAAUAUUGCUUAGAUGCAGGCAAUAUUGCUUAGAUGCUUAAUUUAUUUCAGGAUCUUUGCAACUGUUCCCGGGACCCCGUUCAAAGCAGUUGGCCUAUUCACAUACAGUGAUUCCUUUUAUGCCUCUAGCUAUUCAUCUCCCAUUCACCUGGAAGAGGCCUCCUUCUUGCUUUCUGACGGGGAGCCUGCUAAAACAAACAUCUUUCUUUUGUGAUUCAGUGUCCCUGGUAAGCAUUAAUCCACCUGGAUUAGCUGGCUCUGGGCCAUCAGUUUAUGCUGAUGAGAACAUAGCCUUACCAGUGAGACUAGCCGCCUGCCUUGGUGGCUUUUCACAGAAGAGUAAGCAGUAAACCCAAGCCUGCUUCCAAGGGCACCGCCGUGGCAGAAUAGAACAUGGUUUUAAUAAUUAUUUAAACUGUGUAAUCCAUUUUGUUCUGUUUUAUGCAUUUUACCUUUGGCUAGACAAAAUACAUAACAUUUUAUUCCAUACCCUGGCAGAACCGAUCCUAGCCUGUAUGAAAUGAAUAUUUGCAAAAGGAUACCCGCAUGGAACAUCAUUGAAGGUUUUCUAUUAAACAAAAAUCUUCCCUUUCCCCCUUAUGGGGUAUCCAAGAGCCCACGGAGUUCAGGAUCAGGUUUAAGGUGCUGGUUUUAACCUUUCAAGCCCUAUACAGCCUAGGACCCUUGUACCUACGGGACUGCCUCUCCUGGUAUGUCCCACGGAGGACCUUACGGUCUUCAAACAUAAACAUCUUGGAGGUCCCGGGCCACAGGGAGGUUAGGCUGGCCUCAACCAGAGCCAGGGCCUUUUCAGCCGUGGCCCCGAUCUGGUGGAACGCUCUGUCACAAGAGACUGGGCCCUGCGGAACUUGACAUCUUUCCGCAGGGCCUGCAAGACAGACCAAUUCCACCAGGCCUUUGGCCAGGGCACAGCCUGACCCCCUCCUUUGGCAAUCCUCACAGAACUCUAGCCCAGUGGUUGCGAUUAAUCUGAUUUGAACUGAUUUUAUAAUGAAAUGAUUUUAGAAUGUUGUAUAUUUUACUGUUGUUAGCCACUCUGAGCCCAGCUUCGGCUGGGGAGGGCGGGAUAUAAAUAAAAAUUUUAUUAUUAUUAUUUAUUAUAUAGAGUGCUUACAUAGGUUCCCUAUUGGUAGGAGAAAAUAACAGAGGCCAACCAGAGAAUAUUGUGAAGCAAAGCAGCUAGUAAGCCUGAUCUUUAUUGACCUGUUGCAACAGGGUGCUCCCCUCACCCGCAGGAGAAGAGGAGGAACCCAGAACAAUGGUGUGCAAGGCCUUAUAUAGACAUUUUAAAUUCCCUGCCCCGGAGCUCAAGACCACCCCUCCAUACAUCAUACCUGCAUCACAGAAAAGGUGGUCUACAACAGAAAUCUGAGUGACUUGUUUAUCUCGUCUGACAGGUUACCUAUUUAAUGGUCACUUGAUUGGAUCGCCUGCUUACUUGAUUGGAUACCCUGGGGAGCCUGGCCAGUCUUUUGUAAUGAUAAAUACUUAGUAAUGAUAAAUACUUAGUUCCUAAGUCAGGUCACAGGCUCACCUUAUUCAAACACAGACAUUCCCUUAAGACAGGAUUUGUGAAGGAAAAGACAUUGGGGAGGCUUUUCCAUUUUCCUUGGCCUUGCAGAGAAAACAUUUGGUCAGUUUGGAAAUCAUCAAUGGUUCUAGGUCUGUCUUCCUGUGCUGAUCUAUGUACAUGCUUGGUUGGUACACUUAUGAACAUUUAAUAUAUAUCUAAGACCUCAAAAUUCCCAUCACAGAAGCGAGGGGCAGAUGGGGCUCAUCAACCUGGGGAAGUAGCCCAUGUAGGAGAAGGAAAGCAUAACACGGCAGAUGUUAUCAUUUGGAGGACAUCUAAAGGAAAGUCAUCAUCUAAAGUUCCAUCCAGCAUUGUACGGAUGUUAUUGGCCCAGAGAUGGAAAGAAGAUAGAGUCCCAACCAGAGAAGAAUUCCAGACCAAGUUGAUGAAUUAUGCCGAAAUGGCAAAAAUGACAGGAAAGAUCAGAAAUCAGGAAGGCCAAAUUUUUAUCAAGGAUUGGAAUAACUUUAUGACAUAUCUUAGAGACCACUGCAAACAGCUAAAAUCAUUAGCAGGAAUACAAUAACAUUUGUAAAGUAACAUGGACUUUGGAUACGAUGGAUAUGUAAUAGAUAGAUUACAGUAAAAGAUGGAGGAAUAAAAUUUGGAAAUGGAACUCGGGGAGGAAGGUCUGAAGGUUUGAGAGAACCUUUAGUUUUUUCUUUUUGGAAUUGUUACGUUUGUUGUGUACAAUCAUUACGUAAAGCUAAAUAAAUUUUUUUUUACAUACAGUGGUGUGUUGUUUUGAGUCUGGGAUCCGUUCCGGAGCCCUGGACGCUUGACGAAAGCUCUGCUCUGUGCGCGGAGCGGUUUGCACCCGGAAGUAACCCAUUCUUCUGGGUUUGCCGCAGACAUUCGCCGAAAUGCACUGUUAAUGAGGCGGACGUUUGCGGAGGUAUUAGUGUAUUUGGAAUGGAGUCCCUAAAAUGGUUGUAUGCCACCUUUCGGCAAAUCCUGCAACCAAGCAGGUGGCAAACAUCUUGCUCUGCUUUCCUCUGGGCUUCAUCAGCGAGGCCGAGAAGGGGUCUUGUCGUCUGGGCAGCCCAGGACCUCCAGACACACUGCCCAGGCUUGUGGUCCGGGGAGCUUACUUAAUUACUUCCAACACAGUGGUUUGACUUCACCCCCUCAGGCACACUCCAAUGUCACUCGAGACAGACCCAUGCCAGCGACAGAAGAUAGCCAUUCAACAUCACCUGCUUUUAUCAUGUCCAGAGACUCAAUUAACAUCUUCCCCUGUUCUGAGGUCCUAUGUCUAACACUGGUAUGUUGUUGUCUUUACUCUUCCAGGAACCAUGUCUGCUGUGUGGCUACAGAUUGGACAGUGUGGCAACCAGAUUGGGCAGGAAUGGUGGCAAAUCGUUACCGGCACAAGUAACCGAGAAGCUGACAUGUACGUCUGUUAGAAAAGCUUGCUGGAUCAGACCACAGGCUUAUAGUUGGGCCUCCAGUCUCUCAUGACUUUUCUCAUUCAUACAUACGUAUAUGUAUGUGUGUGUAUAUAUAUAUAUACAUAUACAUAUACAUAUACACACACACAUAUAUACAUAUAUAUGCAUAUAUACACACACACACACACACACACACACACAUAUACACACACACACACAAAAAAAAAAAAUUUCCACAAAUCAUAUAACAUAUUUUCUUAUCUUACACAAUAUUUUGGACUUCCAUCAACCACAUCUGAAGAUUUUUCAGUCUUUAUCACUUUAUCUGCAUUUCAUUAAUUUCACUAUUACUUUUAAUAGUCCUUCACUAAUAAUUCUCUUCAUACUUUCUUCUGUAAUAUUUCGCAUAGUCCUCCUUACAAAACUUCUUGCAGUCCUACUAGCGUAAUCUGUUGAUUACAAUUGCUUUUCAAAUAAUUCACAUAUUUACUCCAGUCCUCUGAGAAUCUCCGAUCUCACAGGUUUCGAAUCCUUCCUGUCAUCUUAUCUGAUUCUGCAUAGUCCAUUAAUUUCGUCUGCCAUCCUUCUUUCAUCGGUAGUUCUUCUUGUUUCCAUUUCUGUGCCAAUAGUACUCUUGCUGCCAUUGUUGCAUAUAAAAACAGUUGAUUAUCUUGUCUAUUAAUAUCCUCCUCUCGUGACUUUUCUUGGCGGGUCGUUGUAAGGGUUUCAGUUAGUUGAUACACGUGAAGAACUUUGAAUGCUUGGGAGUAGUUUAUAAUCGUUACGUUUCUGUAGUAAUCAUAGUUGUAUCAUCUAGGCCCAGGCAAAAACAUGGCCUCCUCCUUUUUCCCUGGGUGGACAGGAAAAAAUACGUCAGUCAAUUCCUCUGUCUUUUUAAAAGGCUUCAAAUCUGAGACAGACCUUUGUCCUCACCCCUCAAGUAUGUCUCAGUAGCUGAGCCAGGAGGAAGAAAUACACAGCUCUGGGUUUAAUUUUGAAUAUAAUGAUGCGGGGAGGGAUGCAAUUCUUAAUUUCUUGGCUGGAACUCCUUCUAGAGCUGUUCUGAAAAGCAAUGGGCUUCUCAAAACCAGAAAUGGUGAAAGCCAUCUAAUCCAAGGACUAGGAUCCGGUGGCGAUCUGCCGCUUGACUCCAGAUCCCAUCAUCCCCAGCCAGCAGGGCCUGCGGUGAGAGGUGAUGGGAUUGUGAUCCCAGCAACAUCUGGAGGAUCACAGGCUCCCCAUUCCUUAAGCAACUCGCAUUUUGGGGGCGUGUUGUCAGUGACAAAAAGCCAUCACUUACUACAUUACAUUGAGUUUAAACAGACUUUGCACUGAUCGUUUUGCAUAGAGGGAUGUCUCCAAAGUUCUGGAAUCACUCCAUAAUUCAUAAAGGGUUAAGGGGACCCCUGACCAUUAGGUCCAGCCAUGACCGACUCUGGGGUAGCGGCGCUCAUCUCGCUUUAUUGGCCGAGGGAGCCGGCGUACAGCUUCCGGGUCAUGUGGCCAGCAUGACUAAGCCGCUUCUGGAGAACCAGAGCAGCACACGGAAACGCCGUUUACCUUCCCUCCGGAGUGGUACCUAUUUAUCUACUUGCACUGGUGUACUUUCGAACUGCUAGGUUGGCAGGAGCAGGGACCGAGCAACGGGAGCUCACCCCGUCGUGGGGAUUCGAACCACCGACCUUCUGAUCGGCAAGUCCUAGGCUCUGUGGUUUAACCCACAGUGCCACCCGCGUCCCUCCAGGAUUAAUAGAAUCAUAUAAUUGUAGAGGUGGAAGGGCUCCCGACGAUUGUCCAGUCCAGCCCCCUGCGAUGCAGGAAUUUCAACUACAGUGGUGCCCCGCAAGACGAAUGCCUCGCAAGACGGAAAACCCACUAGACGAAAGGGUUUUCCGUUUUGGAGGUGCUUCGCAAAACGAAUUUCCUAUGGGCUUGCUUCGCAAGACGAAAAUGUCUUGCGAGUUCCUGCGGGGGUUUUUUCCUUCCCCCCCUUUUUCCCAAGCCGCUAAGCCGCUUAUCAGCUGAUCCGCUAAGCCGCUUAACAGCUGAUCCGCUAAGCCACUAAGCCGCUUAACAGCUGAUCGCUAAGCCGCUUAUCAGCUGAUCCGCUAAGCCGCUUAACAGCUGAUCCGCUAAGCCGCUUAUCAGCUGAUCCGCUAAGCCGCUAAUAGCGCUAAUCCGCUAAACCGCUAAUGGGCUUGCUUCUCAAGACGAAAAAACCGCAAGACGAAGAGACUCGCGGAACGGAUUCUUUUCGUCUUGCAAGGCACCACUGUAAAGCUGAGUGGAGCGAGGGUGUCUUGGGUCUUCCCUGAUGUGAGCUGCUGCUGUGUCUCUUCCAGUUACCCGUUCUGCUCCCAGGAUGGCCAUCUGAGUGCCGUCUGUGUGGACAGUGAGCCCAAAGCGGUGAGGAAGCUGCAGAAACAAGUCAAAAGAGGGUAAGUGGCAGGGGCCUCCAGCUCUGCUGCCCUGCAUUCCUUGGAAGGCAACCUAAGAAAUCUCCGGGCCACUGUUAAUAGAUUUCUUCGGGUAGUGGGUACAGUGGUACCUCAGGUUAAGUACUUAAUUCAUUCCAGAGGUCCGUUCUUAACCUGAAACUGUUCGUAACCUGAAGACCACUUUAACUAAUGGGGCCUCCUGCUGCCGCAGCGCGAUUUCUGUUCUCAUCCUGAAGCAAAGUUCUUAACCUGAAGCACUAUUUCUGGGUUAGCAGAGUCUGUAACCUGAAGCGUAUGUAACCUAAGGUACCACUGUAUUCCAUGGAGACGGGGAAGUAUACAAGAGGGGAUGAGCGUUCUGUGAGAUUGCAUAGUCAAGAGAGGCUCGGAAGCUUUCAGCGUCUGCUGAAAUCUCAGAAACUGGGGUGGGUCAGCGGGAUUUCCAGUGGUGAAAGGUUGCCAGAAGGGUAAAGGGACCCCUGACCAUUAGGUCCAGUCGUAGCCGACUCUGGGGUUGCGGCGCUCAUCUCGCUUUAUUGGCCGAGUGAGUCGGCGUACAGCUUUUGGGUCAUGUGGCCAGCAGGACUAAGCCGCUUCUGGCGAACCAGAGCAGCGCACGGAAACGCCGUUUACCUUCCUGCCAGAGUGGUACCUAUUUAUCUACUAGCACUUGGUGCUUUUGAACUGCUAGGUUGGCAGGAGAAGGGACUGAGCAACGGGAGCUCACCCCGUCGCGGGGAUUUGAACCGCCGACCUUCUGAUCGGCAAGUCCUAGGCUCUGUGGUUUAACCCACAGCGCCACCCACGUCCCAUUUAGCCAGAAGGCUAAAUUGUGCAAAAUAAGCUUUAUAUGCACAUUCGGUUGGUUCAGAUUGCAGAAAUCCACUUUCUUGGGGAAAACUUCGUAUACAGGCGAUGACCAGUUUAGGUGCAUCCAGUUGACAUAUGAUCCCUUUUGGAACUGGAAGAAGGUAGAAACGGGGGUGGGGGUGACGCAGUGCACUUAUAUGCGCUACACCGAAGCUCUCAGGGGCCAGGAACAGAACCCCCACACGAAACAUAUUUUUAUUUUAUUGCUUUAGUGCACGGAGACCCGAAUAAAGUCUCUGACAGUUUCAUCAUUAUCAUCAUCAUCAUCAUCAUCAUCAUUCUUCCUUUCUCCUCCCCCCACCCCAAAACCAGGUUAUUCAGAGAGUCCAAUCUCAUCAUGGGGAAGCAGGGACGAGGCAGCAACUGGGCUUAUGGUAAGAGCCCCAGAGUUCUCCGUUGUAGCGAUACUAAUAAUAAUAAUAAUUUAUUAUUUGUACCCUGCCCAUCUGGCUGGGUUUCCCCAGCCACUCUGGGAGGAUUCCACAGAGACCAAAAAUACACUAAAAUGUCACACAUUAAAAACUUCCCUGAACAGGGCUGCCUUAAGAUGUCUUCUGAAUGUCAGGUAGUUGUUUAUCGCUUUGACAUCUGGUGGGAGGGCGUUCCACAGGGCGGGUGCCACCACCGAGAAGGCCCUCUGCCUGGUUCCCUGUAACUUGGCUUCUCGCAGGGAGGGAACCGCCAGAAGACCCUCAGCGCUGGACCUCAGUGUCCGGGCAGAACGAUGGGGGUGGAGACACUCCUUCAGGUAUACUGGGCCUUUGAGGCCAUUUAGGGCUUUCAAGGUCAGCACCAACACUUUGAAUUGUGCUCGGAAACGUACUGGGAGCGAAUGUAGGUCUUUCAAGACCGGUGUUAUGUGGUCUCGGCGGCCGCCCCCAGUCACCAGUCUAGCUGCCGCAUUCUGGAUUAGUUGUAGUUUCCGGGCCACCUUCAAAGGUAGCCCCACGUAGAGCGCAUGGCAGUAGUCCAAGCCCCAUCAUCACGCCGCUCAAUGCUGGAGUUACCUUUUUAUUAGCAAGAACAUCUGCACAGGCUUGGCUGAGUGUCAGGCCUCGUGAACACAGCGGAUCAUCCCCAAUAGGUCUUGACCCAUGGAUCACUUGCCACGACAGAAGGUCCCCACCUCUCCACAGUCAUCUUAAGCUCCCUCCUUUCCAGGGUUUUCCCCAAGCAAUCCGGAGUCAGCGCCUGCAUGCAACCAACCUUUGCUCUGCCCUUUUCAGACCUCUUCUGGUUCUGGGAGAUAAGCAGGGAGAGGAGCUUGUCACAGCAGAAGGGCUUCUUCAACAGCCUGACUCAUCUCAGCCUCUUGGCUUCCUUCCUCUCCUGCUUCUGCCUCCGAUUCUGGACUUUUCUCUGCCACAGACUCUCCCUGCUCACUAGGCUCUGUUGCUUCCAACACCUCCUCUUCCCAGUCUUCUCCCACUGAAAGCUCAUCGUCAUCCCAUCACCACUCCCUGGGCUCUCAGCUCUCUUCCCUUGGGGGCUCCACAGCCCGAUCCCCCCCCCCAUUCCUCUGCAUCCAACAGCCUCUGGAAAGCUCCUAAGAAUGGAAAGACAGGGGAAGAGAGCCAGUAUAUAUGGAGGGAAAUGGCGUGUCCAGUCUGAAACUUCUGAAACGUGGAGAAACCAAAGCGUGGCUCCUGCAGCCAAUCAGAAGCCGUGGAAGCCUGGUCAAAUAAUAAUAAUAAUAAUAAUAAUAAUAAUAAUUUAUUUAUAUCCCUCCCUCCCCAGCCGAAGCCGGGCUCAGAGUGGCUAACAAAAGUAAAGUAAUACAGCAUUCUGAAAUCAAUUCAUUCUAAAAUCAGUUCAAAAUCAAAUUAAUGGCAACCAUUGGACUAGAGUUCUGUGAGGAUUACCAAAGGAGGGGGUCAGGCUGUGCCUUGGCCAAAGGCCUGGUGGAACAGCUCUGUCUUGCAGGCCCUACGGAAAGAUGUCAGGUUCCACCAGAUUGGGGCCACGGCUGAAAAAGCCCUGGCUCUGGUCGAGACCAGACCAUAAGACACACAUAGUUUUUGGAGGAGGAAAACAAGAAAAAAAUAUUCUGGGAUAGCUGAGCAGCCUGCAUUCGCUCCAUAAGACGCGCACACAUUUCCCCUUGCUUUUUAGGAGGGGGAAAGUGCGUCUUAUAGAGCGAAAAAUACGGUAUAUAAAAUAAGUAGGGAUUUAUGCUGUGCAAAAUGAACCAUGGAAAGAGGAAGGGAAGUCAUUGAUAUUUUAAGGUUGUUUAAGUGAAUGCAGUGGUACCUCUGGUUGCGAACGGGUCCGUUCCAGAGGCCCAUUCGCAACAUGAAAAGAGCGCAGCCUGCAGCGGCGCGUCUGCACAUGCACAGGUUGCAUUUCGGCGUGUCUGUGCAUGCGCGUAACGUCAUUUUGCGUGUCUGCGCAUGCGCGAGCGGCAAAACCCGGAAGUAACCCUUUCCGGUACUUCCGUGUCGCCGCGGGACGUAACCUGAAAGAACUUUACAUGAAGCAAACGUAACGUGGUAUGACUGUAUUCUAAAAUGUGAAACAGAAAUUUACCGUAUUUUUCGCACCAUAGGACGCACCGGACAAUAGGGCGCACUUUGUUUUAGAGGGGGGAGAACAAGAAAAAAAAAUUCUCCCCCUCUCUGCCCAGUGCCCCUUCAGCGAAGCGGCAGGAGGCGCUGCGCAGAGAGGGGGAGAACUUUCCCUCUCUUGUUUUCCCGCUCUAAAACAAGGUGCCGUUUAAGGUGCGUUCAGGCGGCUACCUUGGAAGCCUGGAGAGCGAGAGGGGUCGGUGUGCACUGACGCCUCUCGCUCUCCAGGCUUCAGGUUCCUUUCGACCUGCUCUUUGGGGCUGGCGGGGGGAAGCCCACCACCAGCCCCAAAGAGCAGGUCAGGGAGCAGUGGAAAGGCGCAGCGGAGAGGCUCCUGCCAUAGCCGCACGUCACCUCUCCAGCCAGGAGAGGGUCGCGGGGGGCUUCUUUGGUGACGCACGGCUGUAGAGGCUCCUGCCAUAGCCGCGCGUCACCUCUCCAGCCAGGAGAGGGUUGCGGGGCUAUGGCGUCUUCGCUCCAUAGGACGCACACACAUUUCCCCUUCAUUUUUGAAGGGGAAAAAGUGCAUCCUAUAGAGCGAAAAAUACGGUAAUUAAAAUUAUAAAUAAAAGCAGGGACCCUCCUGCCCUGUUGCUUGUCUCCAGCAGCUGUUCUCACUUGGUGUCUGUACCUUUUGCGGUUCACAGGUUAUCACGGCGUCCGUUCAGAGAGCGAGCAGAGCUUGUGCAGUCGGACAAUGGAGAGUCUGCGGAAAGAGGCCGAGAAAAGGGAUUUCUACGGUGGGACUGUGCUGUUCCACAGCCUCAGCGGGGGCACAGGAGCUGGUGAGGACAUCGCUUCAAUGAAAGUUAUUUUUCCCUCCCCUGACUACGGCCACAGCCACGCAAUGCAUUUCACUCAAAGAAUCCCGGAAACCGUGGUUUGCACCUCACGGCGCUACGCUUCCCAGCACCUGCGGUGAGCUACAAUUUCCAGUAUUCUCUGGGGGAAGCCAUGUGCUUUUAAAGGCAUGGUGUGGGCUGCCUCUGAAGAUGGUUCAUAAUAAUCAACAACAAGAAGAAGAAGGUCCAUAAAUAGCAACACCCUACUGGUCCCGGGCCCUAAGGAAGUCAGAUUAUCCUCAACCAGAGCCAGGGCCUUUUUAGUGAUGGCUCCGGCCUGGCGGAUCGCUCUGUCUCGUGAGACCAGGGCCCUGCGGGAUCUGAUUUCUUUGCACAAGGCAUGUAAGACAGAGUUGUUCUGCCUGGCCUUUGGCUUGGAAUCAGUUUGAUUCCCUCCCCCUCUUCUUUUUUCCAUUCUCCUUCUGUGAUGGAACUCCUAUUUGGGGACUUCCCUGGCUUUCUUCAGGCCCACGUAGGACCAGUCUGGAUAGUUGGCCUUGGUGAAGACUUGACGUUUUCAUCCCCAAAAAGGUUUUUGAUUUGAGUUCCUACUGAAAUGAGGCUGCAUUUUAAUGUUGUAUUUUAAUCUUGUUUUUAAGUUGCAUUUCAAUCAAUUGUUUUUAUACCGGUGUUAGCCGCCCUGAGCCCGGUCUUGGCUGGGGAGGGCAGGGUAGAAAUAAAAUUUAACAACAACAAAUUUAUUAUCUAUACCCCACCCAUCUGGCUGGUUUUCCCCAGCCGCUCUAGGCGGCUCCCAACAGAAUAUUAAAAACACGAUAAAACACCAAACAUUAAAAACUCCACUAAACAGGGUUGCCUUAGCCAGCGCAGAAUUUGGCGGCCAUGUUGCUCACCGGAACAAGGCAGUUUGCACAUCUUGCACCAAUCCUGGUCCAACUGCACUGGCUGCCAGUUAGCUUCUGGGCCCAAUCCAAAGUGCUGGUUUUGACCUAUAAAGACUUAAACAGUUCAGGACGGCAGUACCUCAAGGACCGCUUCUUCCCAUAUGAACCACCCUGGACCCUGAGAUCACCUUCUGAGGCCCUCCUUCGUGUGCCACCUCCUCAAGAGGUCCAGAGGGUGGCAACACGAGAACGGGGCCUUUUCUGCAGUGGCUCCCCGUUUGUGGGAUAUUCUCCCCAGGGAAGUUCGCCUGGCACCUUCAUUAUGCAUAUUUAGGCACCAGGCGAAAGCUUUCCUCUUCAACAAGGCCUUUGGCCAAUUAAUAUUAUAAUAAUAAUAAUUACAUAGCAAUGUCCAGAGGGACAUUGCUGAAACAUCUCUUAGCGUGGGGCAAAUGGCUAAAAUGUUUUAAAUGGUUUUAAUUGUGGUUCCUCUGUUUUGUUUUCGUCAGGCUGGGGUUUUGGGGUUGCGGUUAUUUUAAUUUGGCUAUAAAAUUAAACUAUUACUGCUAUUGGUUUCUAUCAAUUUAUUGGUUGGUUGGUUUGUUGCUCGUAUAGGAUAUUCUGGUUUUUUUAAUGCUUGUCGUUUUGGUGUGUUUUUAUAUAUGCUGUAAGCUGCCUAGAGUGGCUGGGGAAGCCCAGCCAGAUGGGCGAGAUAUACUUAUACUUAUUAUUAUUAUUAUUAUUUAUUUAAAAUAUUUUUAUUAGCAAUUUCAACAUAACAACUUAUCCAAACAUAUCAUAUUCAUUAUUUCCACCCCUUCCCACCUCAAACCCUCCCUCCCCUCCCCAGAGACUUCCCUCAGCUCCUCUCUCUGAUUUCUCAACACAUAUUAUUCUCUGCAUGUUGUAAAAUUAUGCAGAUCCUUACAUUAUCUAUCUGUGGGACGUGGAUGGUGCUGUGGGUUAAACCACAGAGCCUAGGACUUGCCAAUCGGAAGGUCGGCGGUUCGAAUCCCAGCGACGGGGUGAGCUCCUGUUGCAGGGUCCCUGCAACCUGCCAACCUAGCAGUUUGAAAGCACGAAGUGCAAGUAGAUAAAUAGGUACCACUCCGGUGGGAAGGUAAAUGGCGUUUCCGUGUGCUGCUCUGGUUCGCCAGAAGCGGUUUAGUCAUGCUGGCCACGUGACCCGGAAGCUGUCUGUGGAGAAAUGCCGGCUCCCUUGGCCUAUAGAGUGAGCAACCCCAGAGUUGUCUGCAACUGGACCUAACAGUCAGGGGUACCUUUACCUUUACCUUACAUUAUCUAUCUACCAUCUUAUCAAUCAAUAAAUUUGUGUAUGUUUAUUCAAAACCUGCCAAGGAGUCCAAUUCAUUUUGUUGUCUUUUCAAGGAAUUUGUAAAAAGUUCCCAUUCUUCUUUGAAGUCACAGUUGUCCUUAUCUGACAAUUUGUAUGUCAAUUUAGCCAGUUCUGCAUGAUACGUCAGUUUCUCUUGCCACUGUUCUUUUGUCAGGAUUUCCUCAUUCUUAUACGUAUGAUGAUGAUGAUUAGCAGUGAUAAUAAUGGCAAUUCCUUCUUUCCCUGCUAUUAAGCAAGGCUAAUCUGUUUGUGUUGGGCUCUUCUCCCCUAGGGCUGAGUUCCCGGUUGUGCGAAGCCAUUCGAGAAGAGUACCCCCUCGGCCACAUCCUGUCGGUCUCGGUGGCCCCGCACCAAGCUGGUGAGAGCCCUCUGCAACACUACAACGCCCUGUUGUGCCUUUCUUGGCUCCAGAGGUGAGUAAAGGAAGAUCUAUCUCUUACAAGGCUUGGCAAGAAAAAAAGCAUUGACACUGGAAUAUAGCUGACUGCAGAUCUACUCAGGGUAGACAGGUCAGAAUGAAUGUGCCAGAGUUAGGCAUUUCCACUUUAUUUCAGUGGUUCUCCUCCAAGCAUGGCAAGCAUAUUUUUAAAAAAAAAACAUCUUUAUUGGAAGUUCAAAAAGUACCUAACUAUAUAACGAUAGCUUUAGUUUGGAAAGAUAGAGAAAAAUGGACAGUAGAGACAUGGAAUAGUUAUUUGCUUGAACUUACUCAGUCGGACAUUGUCGCAGUCAUGUCACAGGAAACAACAUGGAAGGUGAAGUCCACCACGAUAAAGAACAGGUGGAACCCCUAUCUUCAAUGGAUAAACACUACUGGAACAAAAGACAUUUGGUGGAAACUAAAGACGCUAUACCCGUGGCUGAGGAUAAUAGUUUGAACCCUUCCAAUGGAUAUGGGGGUGGGAAGGGUGGGAAAGGAAAAAAUUGUACAGGAAAUUUAAAAAUUGGAAGGAGAUAAUAUACUGUAUGUAAAAAUCCCGAACUCAAAUAAAACUGUUCCAAAAAACCAGCAAAAAACCCCCUAACUAUAUGUGCACCAGACAUGGUGAGAUCCGAACAAUAAGGAGAAACAGAACCCGUGCAGAAGGGAAAACAAGGGGGGAGGAUGUGGGGGGAACCCCAAACUGUAUAUUUUACAAGGUUGUUAUUGUACUUCACCAGACCUUAACCUAUUAUGGUAUUUGUAAGAAUGGAUUCCAAAUAUCAUUGAAUUUGUCCAUUGGCAAGCCUGCGUUUAUAUGAAAGUUGUUCAUAUGUUGCGAGUUUGUAUAAGUCUCUAAUCCAAUCGUAAAAGGCAGCCACAUUUUUAUUUUUCCAGUUCACCAGUAUCCGUCUUUUUGCCGUGGUUGGGGCACGGAGAGUCCACUUAUAUUGUCCUUUUGUAAGGUUUCAUAUAAUUCAGGAGGAUAUUUGUCACUGUAAAUGUAAGAUUAUUCCAUACAGUGCUGUUGAUAGUUUCAGUUCCCUUCUGCCAAAAAUCUUUCAAUAUAGGGCAAUGAAAAAAUAAUAUGGCAAAGCGUUAUGUGCCACACAACAGGGUUGUUGCGAAGAUAAAAUGGACAAAGGGGGAAUCCCUUGGGUGGUGUUGGACUCUCCUUUCCUGGAGGUUUCAAAGCAGAGGUUGGGUCUGUCAUGGAUGCUUUAGCUGAGAUUCCUGUAUUGGGUUGGACUAGAGGACCCUCAGCAGCCCCUUCCAAACUCUUCUAUGAUUCUAUAAGAAUAGGCUUCCCAAAGGGCGGCAAGUAUGUUCCAGCAGCCUUAUGGGUUUUCAAUGCAAAAUCCGUUUCCCAACUCCUGUACGCUACAAAUGGGGACCUGCCUAAGCUAGAUGGCUUUCAGGCAAAAUUUCUACGAUCUCUGCUGCAGGUACUCAACUGUGUCCCCAACUCCAUACUUCUGUUAGAAGCUGGUGAAUGCCCAAUUUCAACUACAGCAUGGUGGGCUGCCCUAAAACAUUGGCUCAGGAUUUCAGUGUUUGAUCAAGGGAAGGGUUUGUACCAAUGAGGAGUUUGUCAGCAAAUGGCAGAAAACCAUGGCUAGAAAAACCACCUCUAUUGGUCUGGCACCCCCCCCACUUUAUUACCUGGGUUAUGAAGGCACCCUAAAGACGUUAAAAGCAAAGAUUAUGGGAUAAUGCACAUAGUGACUUGCAAUCUCGAUAACACGCAGUCUGCAGUCCGCUGGCAGUAGGAGUACAAUAUGGGCAUGUCUUUAAGUUAACACCUUACAUUAGAAACCUGACAGUACCAACUUAUCAAAGGUUAUUCACCAAAGCCAGACUAAAUGUCUUUCCUUCUGCAGUGUUGGAUGGCAGGUUGAGAGGAGUUGCCUACCAGGACAGACUUUGCUUGUAUGCCCAAGACAUCGAUUCUGUAAAACAUAUUUUGCUGCGCUGUGCGAAAUACGAGCAAGCCAGGGCUGAACUGAUACUACCCUUGCUUGGUACCUUUCCCGGGAAAAUCAGAGGCUCACUGUGUCAGGUUCCUAUUGGAAGACCGGACAAACGCUAGAACAUUAGCAGUGGUGAAGUUUUUAUUGGUGGUUGCAAGAACCAAUGUUCCCUAUCUUUAAGUCUGAACAAAAUGCUUGUUUAACCUGGAGGCAGACUGUCUGAACUGUGUAUUGCUUUGUAACGAUUUGUUGGGUCUCUGGACCGUAAUAAAGAUUGAUUGAUUGAAUAAGAAUAGGUGACAUCCUCAGGAGCGUCUGCAAAGGAGAAGGGAUGGGGAAGAAAUUCAUAAACUAGUUCAGCUUCCCCCAAGGGGAAGACUACAGCUCCCAUCAGCCCCAGUCCACAGUUAGAAGGAAGUCAUCUGUGCCUGCAGUGCAGGAAUUUUAGUUCAAGAGUCCCUGGCAGUCAGCUAACCAACCUCUGUUUAAAAACUUCCAAGGAAAGAGACUCCACCACUCUCCAAGGGAGUCCAUUGCACUGUCAAGCAGCUGUCGCUGUCAGAAAGUUAUUAGAACAUCUGGGAAAUCUAGGACCCUCGUACCUACAGGACUGCCUCUCCUGGUGUGUCCCACAGAGGAUCUUACGGUCUUCAAACAAAAACAUAUGGGAGGUCCUGGGCCACAGGAGGGUUAGGCUGGCCUCAACCAGAGCCAGGGCUUUUUCGGCUGUGGCCCCGAUCUGGUGGAAUGCUCUGUCACAAGAGACUAGGGCCCUGCGGGACUUGACAUCUUUCCGCACGGCCUGCAAGAUGGAGCUGUUACGCCGGGCCUUUGGCUAAGGCACAGCCUUUGGCAAUCCUCAUAGAACUCUAGCCCAGUGGUUGCCAUUAAUUUGAUUCUGAAUUGAUUUUAGAAUGUAUUUCAAUUAAUUGACGGUGGUUUUAUGUAAACUGUGCUAUUUUUACUGUUGUUAGCCGCUCUGAGCCCUGCUUUGGCUGGGGAGGGCGGGGUAUAAAUAAAUUUUUUUUAUUAUUAUUAUUACUACUACUACAAUAGGUGCUCGGGUUGUGAAUGUGAUGCGUGCGGGAAGCACGUUCGCAACCCACAGCGUCCGCAACCCGCAGCGCCGCAUCUGCGCACGCGCAGGUUGCAAUUCAACACUUCUGCGCAUGCGCAAAGCGCGAUUCGGCACUUCUGCGCAUGCGCGACCGCCGAAACCCAGAAGUAACCCAUUCCAGUACUUCCAGGUUUCGGCGCGUCUUUAACCUGAAAAAAACGCAACCUGAAGCGUCUGUAACCCGAGGUAUGACUGCAUUAUUAUCUAGUCUAUCAGAAUAUAGCCCUAGUGGCCUAAUGGAUAAGACCCUGGCCUCCUAAGCCAGGGAUUGUGGGUUCGAGUCCCAUCUGGGGUGGGGAAGAAUUAGAAAUUAGGACGCCGGUGGUUCUGUGGGUUGAACCACAGAGCCUAGGACUUGCCGAUCAGAAGGUCAGCAGUUCGAAUCCCCACGACGGGGUGAGCUCCCGUUGCUCAGUCCCUGCUCCUGCCAACCACCAGUUCGAAAGCACCUCAGAGUGCAAGUAGAUAAAAAGGUACCGCUCCGGCGGGAAGAUAAAUGGCAUUUCCGUGCACUGCUCUGGUUUCGCCAGAAGCGGCUUAGUCCUGCUGGCCACAUGACCCAGAAGCUGUACGCCGGCUCCCUCGGCCAAUAAAGCGAGAUGAGCGCCGCAACCCCAGAUUCGGCCACGACUGGACCUAAUGGUCAGGGGUCCCUUAAACUUUACCUUUUAGUCUAUCAGAAAUGCCCCUGACCCUGCUUUGCCCUCCUCCCAGGUAUGCGGACGGGGUCCUUCUGUUUCACAACGACGAGGUGCUGAAGCAGGCAGCCGCUCCCGUGGCGAGGAAGGACACUCCUGAAGCCUCGUGCCAAGUCUCCUUCCCUUCUAUGAAUGCCUACCUCGCUUCCUGCCUCGCAGGGCUUCUCUGCCCACUAAAGAUUUUCACAUCGCAAAGGUGAGUCCGAGACAGGCACUCGGGACAGGGGCUGGCUUUUGCUGUUUGAUGCCCAGCCGGCCCUUGAUUGAAGAGCCGUUCCAUUGCAUUCUCUUAAGAAGGGACAAAUGCUUUCUGCAGACGUCUGCGCUUGAGAUAACCUUCCCCAGCCUAUCACCCAACAGGUGUUCCAGACUACAACUCCCAUCCUAAACGCCCUCUGCCCUUUAUACCUGAAGGAGCGUCUCCAUCCCCAUCGUUCAGCCCGGACACGGAGGUCCAGUGCCGAGGGCCUUCUGGCAGUUCCCUCCCUGCGAGAAGCCAAGUUACAGGGAACCAGGCAGAGGGCCUUCUUGGUGGUGGCACCCGCCCUGUGGAACACCCUCCCAUCAGACGUCAAGGAAAUAAACAGCUAUGUGACUUUUAGAAGACAUCUGAAGGCAGCCCUGUUUAGGGAAGUUUUUAAUGUUUGGUGUUUUUAAUACAGUGGUACCUCGGGUUAAGAACUUGAUUUGUUCCGGAGGUACGUUCUUAACCUGAGGUAGCACUUUAGCACUUUCUGUUCUCAUGCUGAAGCAAAGUUCUUAACCCGAGGUACAGUGGUACCUCUGGUUACGUACUUAAUUCAUUCAGGAGGUCCGUUCUUAACCUGAAACUGUCGCGCCUGCCGCUGCGGCGCGAUUUCUGUUCUCAUCCUGAAGCAAAGUUCUUAACCUGAGGUACUAUUUCUGGGUUAGCAGAGUCUGUAACCUGAAGCGUAUGUAACCCAAGGUACCACUGUACUAUUUCUCGGUUAGCAGAGUCUGGUUAGCAGAGUCUGUAACCUGAAGCGUCUGUAACCCGAGGUUCCACUGGUUACAGACGCUUCAGGUUACAGACUCCGCUAACCCAGAAAUAGUACCUCAGGUUAAGAACUUUGCUUCCGGAUGAGAACAUAAAUCGUGCAGCGGCGGCAGUGGGAGGCCUCAUUAGCUAAAGUGGUGCUUCAGGUUAAGAACAGUUUCAGGUUAAGUACGGACCUCCGGAACAAAUUAAGUUAUUAACCUGAGGUACCACUGUAUUCUGUUGGGAAACCCAGCCAGAUGGGCAGGGUAUAAAAUUAUCAUCAUUAUUAUCCAGCCCCAAAAUGGUUUGGGAGCCUCUGGGGCAGGUGUUGCCUGUUGUGUCUGCUCUUCUCAAUGCUCUGUCCCUUGCUUUGCAGUGGGGUUAGCAUGGGGAUGGAGCCCUGGGAGCUGCUGAGAACCGUCUGCCCCAUGCCCGCCUUCAAGUUCCUCCACACAGCUCAAGCCAGCACAAGGUAGGAGCAGGGGCCUCACUGGGAGGCUACAACUCGUUUCUGAGCACAGUUCAAAGUGUUGGUGCUGACCUUGAAAGCCCUAAACGGCUUCGGUCCAGUAUACCUGAAGGAGCGUCUCCACCCCCAUCGUUUUGCCCAGACACUUGAGGUCCAGCUCCGAGGGCCUUCUGGCGGUUCCCUCCCUGCGAGAAGCCAAGUUACAGGGAACCAGGCAGAGGGCCUUCUCGGUGGUGGCACCCACCCUGUGGAACGCCCUCCCACCAGAUGUCAAAGAGAAAAACAACUACCAAACUUUUAGAAGACAUCUGAAGGCAGCCCUGUUUAGGGAAGCUUUUAAUGCUUAAUAUGUUAUUGUAUUUUAGUGUUUUGUUGGAAGCCGCCCAGAGUGGCUGGGGAAGCCCAGCCAGAUGGGCGGGGUAUAAAUAAUAAAUUAUUAUUAUUAUUAUUAUUAUUAUUAUUACUACAACAACUACUGUCUUGCUUGUGUUGCAGGGGGUGAUACUAGAUGACCCUGCAUUGCAGGAGGUUGAACUAGUGGAGGAAAAGCCCUGUUGCCCUAGCGCAGGCAUCUCCAAACUCGCCCUCCAGCUGUUUUGGGACUACAAUUCCUAUCAUCCCUGACCAUUUGUCCCAUUAGCAAGGGAUGAUGGGAGUUGUAGUCCCAAAAGAGCUGGAGGGUCAAGUCCGGGGAUGCCUGCGGGAGCUAGAAUGCCGAAUCCAGGCCAAAGUCUUAUUUUCAUUAAAACAGCUCUAUUUCAAACAAAGGUGUAGAGUGAAGUCUAUAUUUUCAUACAUAAAGUAGGCAACAACUGCCGCUCGGAUGUUAUUAGACCAGAGAUGGAAGGAAGAGACAACCCCGACCAGAGAAGAAUGGCAAACCAAGACGAUGGUCUAUUCCGAAAUGGCAAAAUUAACUGGGAAGCUCAGGAACCAAGAGGACAAAAGCUUUAAAAAAGAACAGGGAAAAAAUUAUAGUUUACUUAGGAGACGACAGCAUUAGCAGGAUUUUAAACACUCUUGUAAUGUAAUGAAAAAUUAUGCACAAUUUAGAUGGACAAAAAACGAGAUAACAAACUGAUAAAGGGAAAGGGGACCCCUGACCACUAGGUCCAGUUGUGGCCGACUCUGGGGUUGUGGCGCUCAUCUCGCUUUACUGGCCGAGGGAGCCGGCGUACAGCUUCCAGGUCAUGUGGCCAGCAUGACUAAGCCGCUUUUGGCGAACCAGAGCAGCGCACGGAAACGCCGUUUACCUUCCCGCCAGAGCGGUACCUAUUUAUCUACAUGCACUUGGACGUGCUUUCGAACUGCUAGGUUGGCAGGAGCAGGGACCGAGCAACGGGAGCUCACCCCGUCGCAGGGAUUCGAACCGCCAACCUUCUGAUCGGCAAGUCCUAGGCUCUGUGGUUUAACCCACAGCGCCACCCGCAUCCCAACAAACUGAUAGGCAGUUAUAAAUGUUAUUAUUGGGACCCAUGGAUGAGGUCGGAGUAAGUCACGAGAUUCAGAGUAAUCUCUGUGUAUGGAUUUUUGUGUUUGUUUUGUUGCAUUUGUUUCUUAUUCUUUUAAAACCAAAUAAAAAUUAUUGAUAUAUAUAUUUUAAUACAUAAAAAUAAAAUAAAAAUUCAAUACAGUGGUACCUCGGGUUAAGUACUUAAUUCAUUCCGGAGGUCCGUACUUAAACCGAAACCGUUCUUAACCUGAAGCACCACUUUAGCUAAUGGGGCCUCCCGCUGCCGCCGCGCCACCACUGCGCAAUUUCUGUUCUCAUCUUGAAGCAAAGUUCUUAACCCGAGGCACUAUUUCUGGGUUAGCAGAGUCUGUAACCGGAAGCAUAUGUAACCCAAAGUACCACUGGUGUACUAGAAUAUAUAGUGCUGCCUGACCCAGUUUAACUGGUAUAUAGACAGUGGGAUGGCUCAGUCGUUAUGUAGAACGUCCCAGGAUCAGUCCCCAAUAGCACCUCCAAAAUAGCAUCUCCUUCUCCGAAACCCUGGAGGGCCACCUGUCAGCCUGUGUACUAGAUGGGUCUUUGGUCUGGCUUGGUAUAAGCAGCGCCCGUCAUGGGCUGGCUAAGAUGCAGAAGAAUGGUGCAAGGCACCAGCUGGGGAACCCCCAAGGGGAACCCCCAGGGAAAAAAGGCUCAGAGCAGCAGGGCUUGUUGCUGGGACAGAGAUGAGUGGCCAGACUGGGAAAAGGAGGUGUUGGAAGCUGAAGAGGCAACUGGGCUCAGUGAGCAGGGAGAGUCUGGGGCAGAGAGCAGUCCGGAGAGGGAGAGGAAGGGAGCCAAGAAGCAGAGAUGAGGCUAUGCGACAACGGCCGCGAGAGUUCUGGUAGCACAAGGAUGGAAGACUGAAGAAACCCCAACUAAAGAAUCAUGGCAAGAAAAAUGGAUGGACUAGGCAGAACUGGCAAAACUGACAUAAGCUACGGGACAAGGAUAACUGUGACUUUAAAGAUGAAUGCGAACCCUUUACAAAGUAUCUGAAGACGCAACAAAGCGAACUGGACUCCUUGGCUGGCUUUGAAUAAACAUUCACAAACUUUUUAUUGAUAAUAAUCAGCUAAAUAGUUUGAGGAUCUAUAAAACUUUGUAACAUGCAGAAAACAGCAUUCUUAGAGAAACCAAAGACUGGAACUGGGGAAGUCGGGGUGGGAGGGGAUUGUGGGGGGGGAGGGAGGAAAAAUGGGGGGGGGAUAAGGAUGAUAUGUUUUUGGACAAUAUGUCUUGUUAUAAUUUUGAAUAUUUUUUUUUAAAAAAAACAAAGAAGCAGAAGAAGCAGAGAUGAGGCAGGUUGCUGGGGAAGCAGGUUGCUGGGGGUCUCCCCCUCCUGCUGUGAUCAGCUGCUAUUGCCCCUGGUCUCCCAGAACCAGAAGAGGUAUGAAGAGGGGGGAGCAAAGACAGGCAGGGCGAUGGAGUCUCAGAUUCCGGCGGGGAAAGUGAGAAAGCAAGGGCCUUCAGUCCCCACAGGAGCUGUUUUGUUUCUUUGAAAAAAAGAGUUAAUUUCUCUGACACUGUUGUGAGCUAUUGCUCCUUACCUUCCUCCAUAUGGGAUUGCCUUUGUGGUGAGCGGGGCCUGCGUUCCAUUUCCCCAGGGGGACGGUCUUUUGGGACAGCCUGGCGUCUUCCGCGCUGCAGCCGCUGCCUCGCCAGUCUCUGGAUGGAAAUCCCGUAUCCUUUCACUGGGGGGAGUUAAAUGAGUAACUUGGGCUUCUCUAGCUCUGGGCGUUUGCCCCCGUGCAGGCUGCAGUGUAGAGUUCAGAGGAAAAACCUCCUGCCUCGGAUAGCAGAUCAUACUAGGAAUUGAGCUGGGAUAGAAGGUCAGCCAACUUUUUCAGCAGGGGGCCGGUCCACUGUCCCUCAGACCUUGUUGGGGGCCGGACUAUAUUUUUUGGGGCGUAAUGAAUGAAUUCCUAUGCCCCACAAAUCACGCAGAGAUGCAUUUUAAAUAAAAGCACGCAUUCUACUCAUGUAAAAACACCAGGCAGGCCCCACAAAUCACCCAGGGAUGCAUUUUAAAUAAAAGGACACAUUCUACUCAUGUAAAAACACGCUGAUUCCCUGACCGUCCGCGGGCCGGAUUGAGAAGGUGAUAGGGGCCGCAUCCGGCCCCCGGGCCUUAGGUUGCCUGCCCAUGGAACAAACUCGUUCGUAAAAUCCAGCCCAAAGCGGAGUUUGGAAGGUAGUUUCAAAGAACAAAUACAAGAACGGGAUUAUUUGAUUUAGCAAAGGAGGGGCAGACUCAGGAACAGAACUGAAGGACAGAGCUGUGCAGUUAUUUCAAGUGCUUGAUAAGCAAUAAUACCACCCCCUUUUUAAGAAACCCGGUAAUAUCCUAAAGUCAGUUUCAUUAUCUCAUUUAUAUCCUAAAGGUAAAGGUAAAGGGACCCCUGACCAUUAGGUCCAGUUGUGGCUGACUCUGGGGUUGCGGCGCUCAUCUCGCUUUACUGGCCGAGGGAGCCGGCGUACAGCUUCCGGGUCAUGUGGCCAGCAGGACUAAGCCACUUCUGGCGAACCAGAGCAGUGCAUGGAAAUGCCGUUUACCUUCCUGCCGGAGUGGUACCUAUUGAUCUACUUGCAGUUUGACGUGCUUUCGAACUGCUAGUUGGCAGGAGCAGGGACCAAGCAACGGGAGCUCACCCCAUCGUGGGGAUUCGAACCGCCGACCUUCUGAUCCUUCUGAUCGGCAAGUCCUAGGCUCUGUGGUUUAACCCACAGCGCCACCCGCGUCCCUUCAUUUAUAUCCUGCCUUUCCUCAAAGGAGCUUAAAGGGGCACGCAUAGUCCCCCCCCCUCCAUUUUACCCUGCCAAUAAGCCUGCAAGGUUAGGUUCAGCUGUGUGUGAAUGCGUGCCUCAAGGUCGCCACCUGGUAAGCUUUUUUGAAAAGCCAGGAUUUGAACCCGGAUCUCGUCAGCCCUAGAUUGUCACUCUUACUUGGGGAUGGGGAACCAUUAUCUGCUUGGGGUCGGUGUUACCUUCUGGGCAGCCUGGCGGUGGGCAGGAUCAGAGGCAAAACUGGGCACAGCGGAAAACGCAAGUUUCCCUUUUGCACAGUAGGGUGGUUUCUCCAGACAUUUCCAAUCUCUUUGUCUCCAUCCAGGUGAGCAAAAGGCUUUGCCAGAGAUGAAGGACACAUGCCAGUGUGAUAGGAAUUUUGAGGUCUUAGGUAUAUGUUAAAGGUUCAUAAGUGUACCAACCAAGCACGUACAUAGAUCAGCACAGGAAGACCGACCUGGAACCAUUUUGAUUCCCAAACUGAGCAAAUGUUUUCUCUGUAAGGUCAAAGUGGGAAACCUCCCCAUUGUCUCUUUCCUCACAGAUCCUGUCUUAAGGGCACAUUUAAGAUAUGAAUAGGGUGUGAGCCUGUGACCUGGCCCAGGAACUAAGUGCAGUGGUGCCCCGCAAGACGAAUGCCUCGCAAGACGGAAAACCCGCUAGACGAAAGGGUUUUCCGUUUUUGAGUUGCUUCGCAGGACGAAUUUCCCUAUGGGCUUGCUUCGCAAGACGAAAAUGUCUUGCGAGUCUUGAGAUUUUUUUUCCGCUUUCCCCCCCUUUUUCUAAGCCGCUAAGCCGCUAAUAGCCUUUUAGCAGCUAAGCUGCUAAGCCGAUAAGCCUUUAAUAGCCGCUAAACCGCUAAUAGCGCUAGGCCGCUAAUAGGUUGCUUCGCAAGACAAAAAAACCGCUAGACGAAGACACUUGCGGAACGGAUUAAUUUCGUCUUGCGAGGCACCACUGUAUUUAUCAUUACAAAAAACUGGUCAGGCUCCCCAGGAAAUCCAAUCAAGUAACCUGCCAGACAGGAGAUAAACAACGACAGGAGAAAAACAACAUUCAAAUUUCUGUUUUAGACCGUCUUUUCUGUGAUGUAGGUAUGAUGUAUCUGGGGGGUGGUCUUAGGUUACACCCCUUCUGUGAUGUAUGUAUGAUGUAUGGAGGGGUGGUCUGGAGCUCCAGUGCAGGGAAUUAAAAUGUCUAUAUAAGGCCUUGCGUGCAAUUGUUCUAGGUUCCUCCUCCCUCCUUUGUGUGGUGAGUGAGGACCCUGUUGCAACAGAUCAAUAAAGAUCAGGCUUACUAGCUGCUUUGCUUCUCAAUAUUCUCUGGUUGGCCUCUGUUAUUUUCUCCUACCAAUAGGGAACCUAUGUAAGGACUCUAUAUGGGCUCUUGGAUACCCCAUAAGGGAAAAAGGGCAGAUGUUGUUUACAACAGAUGGCGACCACAAAGGGACAUUUGGUUGCCCGGGUUCUGGGAGCGAGGAAGGACUGCUGAUCCGAGAGUUGCAUCCACCCCUAGGCCUGAGGUUCCCCACCCCUGCUCUAACCACUAUUCCACACUGCUGUGGCAGGACGACGAGGGGCAGCAGCAACAACGAGGUUGACCCUUUUCGAAAACCGUCCGGCUGGAUUUCCCUGUUCCUGCUCUGUUUAGCCGAAGGAAUUCCUGCUCCCUCGGGAGCAUCCGUGGAUGCAAGUCCCGGGGAAGGGCACCAGGUGGGGCUGGGGUGGUGAGGGCUCUUCCAUCUCCCUUGUGCUUUGGUCCUUAGCAGGCUUGCCGGCAGCACCAGAGCACAGCCGUGCUGGCUGUGGCUCGCGGCCCCCGGGAAGACGCCUUUCUCGCAAACCCCCGUUUGGUCCUGAGGAAGCUGAGGCAAGGCUACCGCUGCGUUUCGUGGAACCCCUUCGCUGCCACUUACUGGACCGGUCAGUCUCGCAAGCCCCUGGUUCUGGUUCUGCCCAGGACAUUUAUUAUUGUUGUUGUUGUUGUUUAGUCAUUUAGUCAUGUCCAGCUCUUCGUGACCCCAUGGACCAGAGCAAGCCAGGCACUCCUGUCUUCCACUGCCUCCCACAGUUUGGUCAAACUCAUGCUGGUAGCUUCGAGAACACUGUCCCACCAUCUCGUCCUCUGUCAUCCCCUUCUCCUUGUGCCCUCCAUCUUUCCCAACAUCAGGGUCUUUUCCAGGGGUCUUCUCUUCUCAUGAGGUGGCCAAAGUCUUGGAGCCUCAGCUUCAGGAUCUGUCCUUCCAGUGAGCACUCAGGGCUGAUUUCCUUCAGAAUGGAGAGGUUUGAUCUUCUUGCAGUCCAUGGGACUCUCAAGAGUCUCCUCCAGCACCAGAAUUCAAAAGCAUCCAUUCUCCGGCGAUCAGCCUUCUUUAUGGUCCAGCUCUCACUUCCAUACAUCACUACUGGGAAAACCAUAGCUUUAACUAUACGGACCUUUGUUGGCAAGGUGAUGUCUCUGCUUUUUAAUAUUAUAUCCAAGCACGAUUAGUUUUAAAGGCCUGGCUGAAUUAUGAUGCCAGGAGAAUUUCCCUGGGAAGGCUGUUCCAUGGGGUGGCAGUAUCUUUGCAUGCAGCUCCCAAGACAUGCUGAUGAUGUGCUUUGGACAUCUGCUGUAAAUCUAUAUAUUUUAGGCUGGCUCCAGAGCUUGUGCUAAUUCACCACCUCUGUCCUCCCUCCAGAUGCUGCCAGCCUCGUGGCUCCCGGCCGGCACAGCUUGACCGUCUGUGCCAACCACAGCAGCUCAGCUGACCUCCUGCAGCGGGUGGAGCAGCGGGCGAGGGCCAUGUACGAGAGCAACGCUUUCCUGCACUGGUACUGGAGGCACGGCUGCGAGGAAGGAGAUUUUGAGCAGGCCUUUGAGACGGUGCGCUCCGUCCUGGGAGAUUACAGCCACCUCGGGGAGUGAGCGUGAUGGAUGCAGGACCUCUAACAGACCACCUCGUAACACCCGGGAGGAGCAGGGCCCAAGGAAAUAUGGGGUGACUCUCGUUAAGAAUGUGCCACCCCCCGCAAUCCACACCCGAACACACCCCAGGGUCAGCAUGGCUGCGUGACUGUGUAAAACAGGGUUUCCCAAACUUUGCUGUUUUUGGACUACAGUUCCCAUCAUCCCUGUCUACUGCUAGCUAGGGAUGAUGGGAGUUGUAGUCCAAAAACUGCGGGAGACCAACUUUGGGAAAGGACCUGACUCUGGCUUUCAAAUGUAUACCUGCAAUCCCUUUUACAGGCACUCUGGCCCACCCAGGAAUGCUUUUGGGAAUGGUUCUCGUGGGAGGGUCAGAAGGAGUCCUCUACCUAAAGUUCUCGGGGCACUUCCUGGACUUCAGCUCCCAUGAGCCCCAUUCAGCAUGGCUUUUGGUCAAGGACGAUGGGAGCUGCAGUCCGGCGACAUCCGAAGGGCAUCAGGAGCCUCAUCUCUCUCUUUGAGUGAGGCCUGUCCAUCAGGAUCUCUAAAACCUAGUGCCCUGCCUGCUGACUUUCAGUGAAAGAAACACGUGUCCAUCUGCGAUGGGCUCCCAGAUAGUGUCCCACCAACCAGCAGUGGUCUGUGAAUGUCCAUGCUGGAGAGUUUUAAUUUUAAUAAAUUCCAAAACAUUUAUCACAGUGCUGGACAGUUGCUAUACAACAGGCAGGAGAAUCAUUAAGUGGUUCGCGAAGACCCUCAGUAACUUUCAAGUGGUCCGUGGAAGGUUUGGAAACCGGUGCUGUGCUUUAAAACAUCCAGCAACGUCCCUUAGUUGGAGAUCCGUAGUGUACAUAGGGCAACCUUUGCCCCACGCCACCCCGGCACUCUCCAGAUGUUUGCCACUGCAACUCCCAAAAGGCCAGUACGAAAGGGUGCACUGUGGGUGCCAGGAGGGACCUCUGUGGGUGAGGCCAGGCGCUAUUUGGGGGAGCUCUGUUCUAAUAGAUGGGUACUGUCACGGAGCUGGCAGGGAAGGCUCUGGAGUUGAAGGACGGGGAGAGAGAGGGGCCGGUAGAAGAGGCAGAAGUAAAAGAGGGUGGAGAGCAAGGGGAAGCCACUCAGGUGAUGUUAGCGGGCAUCAGCACCUCUCUGCCAGCUCAGGCACUGUGCUGGUCCCGAGGGUUAACUGUGCGGCGAGGUCCGAGUCCAGUCCGAGGUCGAGGGUGCGGUAUGGAGGCUGUCCGUCAAAGCUGAAGCUGGGUCCAAGGCAGGGAGUCGGGUGAGGUCAGGAACUCUGGCAGAAGAGCAGGACAGGGUGCAGGCAGGAACAGGCUACCAACAAUGUUGCUCCCGCAACCUGGGACUGGGGCUGGCUGGCUUUUACCUGCCCCGAGGCCUAGGGCGGCCCCGGUCCACAGGUGACUCGCCUCUCCUGGCCUGGAGGUGAGCACUCCUCCUGCGGGAACUUAGUUCCCUCCGCCUCUCUGCCCUGAGCCUCUGCAGUUCAGGAGAGGCUGGAGGGUUACCAGACCCAGAGGCAACCUCAGCUUCCCCUGACGGGGCUGAGAGUGGAGCACCUGCAGGCAAUGGGUCCUCCAUCACCUCCGGAGCCAGAGCAGACUCAGCUGGUGCCUGCACCUGAGGAUCCAGCACAGGUGAGGACCCUUCAGGCUCAAGCCCCAGCCCCGGCUCAGCUGGUUCUGGAGGCGGGGAAUCCUGUGCAGGCUGGGAUUCUUCAGGUUCAGCACCCGAGUCCGAAUCCCAGGCCAUCACAGGCACGGAGGGAGAGGGAAGACCUGUUCUGUCAGCUCAGGACAGGAGGGGGUUAAAACACUGGGAACAACCGUUUGGGAUUGCCCAAGCUGAUUUGCUGGAGGAGGAGCAGGAAGUUCCCUCUCCCAGGAUCUGCUAUGGAUGAUUCGGACGCUGGAAGUGAUGCUCUGUACCUUGUAAAUACCGUAUUUUUCUCUCUAUAACACGCAGAUUUUUUCUCCUAAAAAGGAAGGGGAAAUGUCUGUGCGCGUUAUUGAGCGAAUGUGUGGUCCCUGGAGCCGACUAGGGCGAGCGCAGGAACAAAAAUCAGUCAAAAAUCAAAUCGCGUGUCGGAGAAGGGAAACCUGAAAAGAGGAAGUUGCUGCUUUCCUGCAUUCUGCCUCAGGGUCUUACUGCCCACCCGCUUGUGUUUCGUUGCUGUGUUUGCUCAAACGGAACAAAGAGCAGGCAAAUCCUCCCCUCCAGGCAAGCAGAGGGGAAAGCAGAGCGUCCUUCCUUCUAAUUCCUCUCCCUGCUCCUCGCAGGCAGCCAGAAAACAUGCAGGUGGGAGAGAGGGAGAGAGAGAGGGCUGGCUUGGGUGGGUGGGCUUUUGCCUUUCUUUCCUCCCUCCUGUUAAAUCCCUCUCCUGCAUUCUUAUGCUCCUUGUCCCUUCUGUGUUUUCCUUCCCUCCCCACUUAAAAUGUAGUUACAAAGCAUGGAUCCACAUGGAUCCUCAGGAUCUCUGCAUUGGGUCACCCCAAAUUCACCAUCAGAUCACAUAGCAUGUCCAUGGCUACAGCCUGCCCCCCAAAAAUCACGCACCCACUGUUGCCUGGGGCCACAAUGGCGCAAAAACGUGGUUACAAAGCAUGAAUCCACAGGGAUUCUCAGGAUUUCUGCAUUGGGUCACCCCAAAUUCACCAUCAGAUCACAUGUCUGUGGCCACAGCAUGAAGCACAAAAAUGAUACAUCCACUGUUUCAUUCAGAAUUCCCCCCCCCCUUGUUUUCCUCCUCUAAAAACGAUGUGUGUGUUAUGGUCAGGUGCAUGUUAUAGAGCGAAAAAUACAGUAUGUACAAUAAAGGCUGUAAAAUACG